GACUCAGUGAUCCGUUUGUCACGAUAUAUUUAAUGUCAAACUCUUCACAUAGGUAUAAUACUUCAGUGAAAUCAGGCACCCUUAAUCCUUCAUGGGAGGAACAUUUUUCAUUACCGAUGUCUUCAAAUCUGCACGAAGAUUCAUUGAUUUUAGAAGUAUGGGAUUUUGAUCCAGCAGAGACGGUAAAAGAAAAGUUAACAAAGAUACUCGAAGUAAAAGGUGCAAAAGGUCUGGGAAAGCUGAUGAAGGAGAUUGCUAUUACAGCAUCCACGGGGAAACACGACAACGAGCUCAUUGGGACGUCCAACAUUCCACUCAAGUCAAUCCCAGCAAGCGGUAUGACGAUGUGGUUUAACUUGAGUAAGAAAAGCAAGCUGCGCCGACAGGGCGUGGUGAAGUUACGUCUCAACUUCUCCGCGGAGAAAAAUUCACAAGUUGCCGCGCAGGAGCACAGACACUUGCUCAGAAUACUGCUACUGCACGAGCUAGAGACAUCUAAGGUGGCGCCGUAUUGGUGGUGCGGUAACUUCAGCGCGCCCGCUGAGGCUAUCCUCACACAGCACGCUGCGCAGAGCGGGCUCAGUCAGACUGACAACUGGCUGGCGCAGUGGACGGUCUACUGCGCAGUCACAACCAACCAUCCUCUUAGCUUCGCACUCUUCAAUCAAUUGCUGGAAAAGGUCACGAAACCUUUGCAGGCUGGAUUAGUUAACGAAGAGGACGUCAAAUUAUUCUGGGACGGUGCGAAAAAGUUGCUACCAACUUGUUACAGCCACAUUAGGAAAUUGAGGAAAAAGACUGCCGGCGAUAAGACUGUGAUGAAGACCCUUAGAGAAGUUCUGAAGGUCCUCUACCGUCUUUCAGUCCUCGAUGUGCCGGAAUCAUUGGAAUUGUUCCCUGUUAAUUUGUACGGCUGGUUGAGGGAUACUGACGAUGGUACCAAAUUGUCAAUCCACGAAGUUUUACACCAAGCGGCGGUACAAGGAGCGUCCGAUUGGUUCGUUCAUAUUCUUGACAAUAAUGAAUGCAAGGACAGGACUGAGGACUCCAGGUUGCAGCAUCUGAUCAGGGUCAUACAGUUGGUGCGGUCAGAUCUGCAGCGUGCCGUGGAAUAUUUUGAUAGAGUUUUCAUAGAAGUGAUGAGUUUUCCAUAUUCGAAAAUCUUAUAUGGUGUAUACGAGAAUAAGAUAGCUUCGUUAGUUGAGCCUGAAGUUAUACAAGUGUGUAAGAGCCUGAAACGGCUUCAGUACAACGAGGGGUCAACAAACAGUGUGCACCUCGCCGGCGGACUCAACGGGGACUCCCCGCUCGGAGCACCGCGCGUCAGCAACGAGCCAUUGACAAUGGGCACUACACUGUUCGAACUGUAUCUAACGCUACAAAGGUUCUUGGCUCUUGGACAAGGUCUUAAUGAAACCGAUUGGAAUUCAUAUUCAAUAUCAAAGUUCCAUUCUUGGUUCUACGGGGGAGUGGCACAAUGGUUGGAUAUAGCCGCAUUCAAAGCUCUAUCACGUAUAGAAAAAGCGGUAGAGAUAGAUAACUUAGUACCAGUGGAUACAAAUGUGAAGUACAGCAGUUCUGGUGUGGACACGCUGGCUAUAUUCUAUCAAAUCAAGAUAUUUUGGCAACAACUCGCUUGGCCAGAUGUAGAAGGAUGUUAUGCAUUCGUUGCUAAAAUUAUUGAUGACAUCUGCCGCUGCUGCGUGUUCUACUCGGACAAGAUGUGCAGCCGGGUGGAGACUGAGGGUCGCGUGAGCACGGUGCUGGAGGAGCGGUUCGAGGUGACGACGCAGUGGUGUCUCGCCAUCAACAACAUCGACUACGUGCGCCAGAGUCUGCGCCCCUUCGUACACGAGCUCGGCAUGGACGACAUCAUUAACACCAUGUGUGAAGCUAGAUCUCCCUUAGAAGCUCAGAGAUGCAAGGAGACACUCCAAAAUGUUAUAGAAAAUGCAAUAGAUACAGUUAAGAAUAAAAUCGUUGAGCUUUUAGAGAUUAUGGUGAAAAAGAUGAUGCCGUCCAUCACACGUUUCCUGAUAGAGGGAGCGGAACUGCUGCAUCAGAAUUGCUCCAGUAUGGACCGAGUCCUGCGUUAUCUGGAGGCCAACCUUGACACACUUUACCAGCAUUUGAAUAAUGAAAAUUUCUCAAGAACAUUAGACAUUGUGUGGGAACAACUGGGCGAAGUUUUAUAUGAACUGGUACAGGCUAAUUUAGAGCACCGAAGGGCAAAGAUAACUCGCUAUAUCGACCCGAGACGCUUGACCAAGUCAACAGCCGCCCAUUUGGACGCGAAACGUCGGCCGCCAUCUUUCUUUUCGAACUUACACGAAUGUCUGAAGAUAAUGGUCCGAUCGUUCCGACAAGAUAAUAAAGAAGUUUACACAUCGGAGACAUUGAAGAGAGUAGAAUAUUUACUGAAGAUCCACGGCAUGGAGACAAGAGAACUCAUCCAUCAGUACCAUUUAGAGAGGUGGCAGGAACAACAAGCUAUUACUGAACCCAAAAUGGGCAUAUUGACAGUUCGCGCGCAAUUUAUAGAAGAUAAUUUGAAAAUAGAAAUUAUGAACGCCAGGAAUCUUAUGCCUACUGAUUCUAAUGGUCUAUGUGAUUCCUACGUGCGUGUAGCGUUGUUGCCUGAAGACACUUUCGCUAACGUGACGAAACCCAAAACGCAGACACACAGCAAGAAUCUGUUCCCACUCUACGAUGAAAUGUUCCUCAUUCCUCUAUCGCCGGAGCAGCGACGUACAACAGACGGGCUGCUGCACCUGGUGGUGAAGGACAAGGACAUGUUCAGCAUGAGCAACGCCUUCGUGGGCGAGGCGUACUUACACUUCGGUGAAGUGCCCAACACGCCCGCGCCCAUCAGCUCCCUGCCGCAGCAACAUCUGCCACUCACCAGGCCGGAUAAUAUAGAUGGCGAUGCAAUCAAGGCUUUAGAAUCUAGACAAGGAGACAAACAAGCCAGAGAGUUUCUUAAGAAGCAGAGGCAAAAAAUGCCAAGCAAACAGUUCUUCUCACUCGGUUAAGAUUGCCUACUAGUUGUAUGGAUUACGCACAUGUUUCCUUAUAAGGUGCUAAAUUAUCAGAUAAAUUGUCAUAUACAAAAUAAUAAAAAAAAACAUUAAAUAUCAUACAUUUUAUUUAAAUAAUAAUGGCAGGUAAUAUUAAUAAAAUCCUUAGCUUUUAGCAAUUUUGAAUGUUUAGGAAAAACAUUUGCGAUUAAAAAUCGAUUCAAUAAAGCAAAUAAAUCGAUUCAAUUAUAGUUUUAAUCGACUUAAUAUUUAUUUGUAAUUUUUUCUUUAGUAAAUAUUCAGUCGUAAUCUCAUAAGAUUAAGUCUUAAAAUUAAAAUUGGCAAUAAAUCAUAUCAUGUUUUUUGUAAUUCUUUUUUAUUGCAACAUUUAUGAUAUUUGGCAUUUUAUUGCAUUAACUUGAGUUUGUAUUUGGGAAUGUUUUGAAUGAAUAGGUUAAUAAACUUCAAAAUACAAUUAAAAACGGUUUUAAAGAAUUCAAAGGAACUGGUCAGUCGACAGUAGGGGCGUUAGGGUAGACCCAGUUGGGGCAAUUGCCCAGGGCGCCGGGCAUAAAGGGGCGACGCAAGCACCGGAGUUGGAUAUAUAGAGGCGCCAACGAUGCUCUUUAAGCUUAUCUUAGGAAGAUUUUCCUCGAUACUAUUAAAAGGCGCCGUAAAAAUCUCGCCCAGGGCGCCGGGAAUGCUAAAACAGGGCCGGUUUUAGCAUUCCCGGCGCCCUGUCGCAAUAUCCAAUAGUUCAUACAACUAAUGAUGUAUUGCUUAUAAGCGGGGCUAGACAAAAGUGCAUUUGCUUAGAAGCAAUUUCAUAACGAACUUCAAAAAUAUAUAGAACUGACCAUAACUAUUGAUAAGUCACGUGAUUGUUGCGCGUCAGUUAUAUACAUUUUUGAAAAUCGCUGUGAAAUCGCUUUGGGGCGAAAGCACUUUUUCUAGCCCCGAAGAUCUACAGUUUUGUAUGUCGUAACCGCAUGUUUUAAGCAAUGUAUAGAGAUUUGAGUUAAGAUGCGAGAACUUGCUGUUUUUUAUGAAAAAAAAAAACUAUCAUAGUUGUAGAUAUCUUGUAGUGAUGUUCUGUGAUAGAAAAGAAGUGCCUUAUCAGAUACUUUUUUAUUUUGUAUUUAUAAUUAAAAAAGUACAUAAAUUAAAAAAAAAACUUCAAAGUGGCACAAUGAAGUGUUACUUUCGUCUCAGCUUUUUUUUCUUUUUUUUUUAAUUAUUUUAUUACUGUGCGUUUCCACUGACCAUAAACAAAUAAUAAUAUGUUUUUGUACAAGUAUAAGGGCAGUUGAAACACAAAGUAAGAGUAAAUUGUAUUUUACAAGAGAAUAUGUAUUGUUUAUUUAUUUUAAUAAAAGA